UAUUAGAGAGAGAAGGGGAAGAUAAGGGGGUGAGAGAGAAGUGGAUAUUUAUGUUUUUCGUGAAUCCUUAUAGGUAGCGUUAUCCUCUCAGGACAACAGAAAGAAAGAGCGUGUCAGAAAUGGGUGUGAACAGUAACACUAAUGAGAGCUCAACCGAGAAGGUUUCAAAAUGUUGGGGAAAUGCUCAAAUGCCCUUUGCACUUCCAUUUCUGACACCCCCCAACUUGAGCUUCACCACACCUCACCAACUCCACACCACCAUCGCCACUGCUGCAGACAAUUUAUUCACAUUUGUAGCCUCCCUCGCUUCUCAAAACCCUCUCCUCUCUCUCCCCUCCCAAUUUCACGCCCUAUGCCUCCAGAUUCGGAAGCACAGAAACGUGACGUCGCUGUCUAGUCAUAAUUUCGCUGCCGUUUUACCCGGGGAUUCGGUGGCGGGGGUGGUGGUGGCUAAUGGGGUUCAGAAUUUCUUGCAAAUUUACAACACCUUGCUCAUCGUUAGGCUCGUUUUGACGUGGUUUCCCAACACUCCUCCUUCCAUCGUUAGUCCCUUCAGCACCAUAUGUGAUCCAUAUCUGAACAUAUUCCGAGGAAUUAUUCCCCCUCUGGGAGGAACGUUGGAUCUCUCUCCCAUCCUAGCAUUCUUGGUCCUAAAUGCAUUCACUAGCAGUGCUGCUGCACUCUCUGCUGAGCUUCCACCCACAGAACAAUUCCAACAACCUCUUUCAGCACCGUUACACUCUACUACUUCGCAGAUGAAAUGGAUGAGACGCCUUCUAGGGAACAGGUCUAAGAUAUCCGGUGAUGCUAAAUAGAACAUGCUAAACUUUAUGUGUGCUGUGUGCACCUUUGUCUGUUUAUUAAUUAGGUUGCUGUUGUUCCAUCCCAAUUAUUAUAGUUCCAGGCAACACAGUUUUAGAGCUUGUGAUUCCAGAAAUUCUAGAGUUAUCAAGUUUGCUGUGGAAUGCUCAAGCUGAAGGCUGAAGCUACCACACUCACAAUUUGUUUUUUGCAGUACACACAUCCCAUUGUUUUCUUUUAAUCCUAAGGUCCUUAAAACAUGGGACUGGAUUAUAGUCCAUCAAUUAGAUUACCGAGUGAUCAUACUAUGUAAUUUUUGGUCUCUAUUUAAAAAAAAAAAAAAAAAAAAGUCUAACUA